ACGGGUCUCAGCAAAGCAACAAGAAGGAAGAGCAAUGGCGACACUGGAUCGCCAAAUACCAAGUCCGGAUACCUUCCUUUGCCAGCCUUGGUCUUCCUUCGUCAGUGCGGUUAAAUUACGUUUUGUUGACAACGCAGACUCAUCUUUGGAGAACAGCGACAAAGAGCUUUACUGCCUCGGUGAAGCUGUGAAGCUCAGCAAAGAAAAGAUGCUCGUCCACAGCCAGUUUCCAGUGCUGGAGGAAUUUUCUCUUGUUGUCUGCCAUGUCUGCAAUCAGGUGGUCACUCCUCAGGGCUUCCUCACACACUAUGAGAAGCGCCACGGCUCUCCCGUCCCCUCUAGGAGCCCCCUGGUGCCCAUGAAGCCCAAGACACCCGCAGUGGCCCCUGCUGUGGCUUCCAGUCCUGGGGACACACUAGCCUUCAGGGUCCCUAAAGACUACCCCCACUCCCGGUUCAGCAAGGCACCACUUGCUGUCUAUCCACCAAAGGGGGCGCGGAACAAGACAUGCGUAUCACUUCCAGUCGUAAGCCUCGAGAAGAUGCCCUGCCUCAGUCGAGCGGAUUCCGCGUCACACAUCCGCCUCACCUCUUCCUCCUCCUCCUCUUCCUCCCCCUCUACCUCCCCCCUCAAACACCCAUCCCUCACUCCCUCGGGCUCCCAGCGUUCCAGCGAAAAGCUAAUGAACGGUCGAGGCACCAGCGGGCCGUCCACACCGCGCUCCACCGCGUCUCCAUCCUCACUGGAUGGGCGGCCCAGUCCGGCGCGUUCUCCGCUGGACAGACGGCCGUCGUCUACACCUUCUCCCUCCCCGCUGGACCGGAAACCCUCCCCGUCACCUUCGCCCUCUCAGCGGUCUGGAACUCUGCCAUCGUCAUCGUCGUCGUCGUCGUCGCCUUUGGAGAAGAAGCAGCAAAACGGAACUAAAGCUUCCUCCAGGUCGCACAGAAGACUCUCUGGGAGAGUGUUUGAUCCUAACAAGCACUGUGGAGUCCAGGACCCAGAGACGAAACGACCUUGCACGCGGUCUCUCACCUGCAAGACUCACUCCUUAGCCCACCGCCGAGCCGUCCCCGGUAGAAGGAAACAUUUCGACAUCCUCCUGGCUGAACACAAGGGGAGGGCUAAGGAGAAAGAGGGACCGAAGGAGAAAGACAGGGACGGAGUGCAGGCAGGGAAAGAAGGCUGCAGCCAGAGCAUCACGUCACAGGAGACCGUGUCCCCCAGCAAGCCUCACUGCCCCAACGGUCGACCCCUGUCCUCACUGAAGCUACGGCUUGCUAAUGCGCACAUACCCAGGGUUCCAGGCUCCACCACCUCCACCUCCACCUCCAGUCCUCUGCCUCCAGCACCAGCUACAGCCCCAGCCCCAACCCCAAACCCAGAACCGUCUCCCCACAGCUGGGUGACGGCAGCGGGAGAAGGUGGUCGGCUUUCCAGUGACGAGGGAGACGCAGAGACUGCAGAGGACACGGACAGACCUGGCUUUCACUACUCCAGUCACCACCCACAGCCUUUAGGGUUUUGUGUAUUCAGCAGCAGGCUCAUGGGACGGGGCCACUAUGUGUUCGACAGGCGGUGGGACAGGAUGAGGCUGGCGCUGCAGAGCAUGGUGGAGAAACACCUCAAUGCACAGAUGUGGAGGAAGGUGCCACUGGCUGCUGAGAGCCUCUUUUCCCUCCCCUCCUCUGGUACCUCCUCCUUCACUUCACAACAAGCCCACCCUCCCUCUCCCACCUCCAUCACUUCUCCUGUCAUCUCCUCCACCUCCAGCACCUUCUCCUACACCGCCACCUUUCCUCAGUCUGCACCCAAGGCCGGGGUGUUCAGCAUCCGCGAUGCCCAGCAACCCCUCAUCCAGGCUACCGCACCAGGGAAAGCUCGUAACGGCACGCAUAAAGCCAGCCGACCAUCCAAAGAGAUAGAGGACUCUGUAGUGGGCUCUAAGAAGAAGAAAAACACUUCCUCCACCUCCUUUUCUUUGUCUUCGUCCUUGUUUCCAACUGUGGAUAAUCACAAAAGGAACGGCAGCAGCUAUCAUCCACCAUUACAAGGUGCGGGGGGGACAGCUGCCACUCCAGCCAGGAAAAAAGGACUUGGGCGUGGGGGAAGCGGGCGCGGGGGAACCGGGCUUUGGAGCAGUGGCGAGGACUGGUUAUCUAGAGCUGAUGGUUCUCAAAGCCACAACUCGCAGAACAGCCGCGAUCUUGGCACCGCCAGUAUAUCCCACUCACCCAACAGAGAGCUGGCUUCCACCACCCAUCAGCCACUGGCUCCCCCCUCCGGACCUCUGGCAUAUGGAGGAAAAACAGAGGGGAGGAAGAGGAGGAGCCCCAGCUCUUACAGAGGCAAGGCCAGCAAGCUGAGCAGGCCAGGCGGGCUGAAGAGCCUCUUCGGGAAAGGGAAUGACAGCGGGGGGAUACUGGCCUCCACGCCUGAGUCUCAGAGACAGGCCAAGUUGCAUCACUGACAGAAUGUUGGGCAGCUGUGCGGGCCACCACCGUUUGUGACCUUUGACCUCACCACUUCUUCCACUGACAGCACCAAUCAGACUGCUUCACCUCGGCGAUGUCACCCCUAUUUACCCAGUGACAGUUCAGUCAGACAGUUCCUGCUGAGGCAUCGGGGGGCUCUGGAGUCUUUGGCCACAUUUGGACCGGCAGUUACUUACGCUCUCCAGCCCUGAUUAACGGAUGGUUUUGAUGGAAAUCUGCUGCGGGUCACGGCUGCGGUCGUGGUCUCUUUCAGAACAAGACAGUGGAAUCCAAAAACUUCUCCGCUUGAAAAGGGAAUGUGCCUCAAGUUUGCAAAGUUUUCAUGGCAUUGUUAAAAAUACCACCGCAGUACAAUUUCGGGGAGGCUUAUUUUUAACAGUUGGAGUUUAUUUCCGAUCAGCUCAGAAGGAGUAAAGUCUGUGAUGGUUUUUUGGAAGUUAGAUGGUUGAAGGACCUACUGACACGACUACUGUAGGACUCAGACUAUCCCUAUCUCUCUGUCUUUCUCUUGAUUUGAGCUUUUUUCUCUUCCUCAGUUAUGGAAGAGACAGCAACAGCAGCUUUAGUUGGGUUUUAUCCAGCUUUUUCCUCCUUCUCCUCCUCCUCUCUCUUUGUUCCUCUCACUCUUUCUCUACCACUUUUUUAUAUCAAACAACUCUUGUCGAGAUCCCUGUUUAUCUUUUAACCCAUCCAUCCCUUUGUGUGUACCCCAGCAUGCCUGUGUUCAAAGUGCACUUACUGCCCCUCGCCUCUCCCUUGCUCCUGUCUCCACUGACUCCAGAGCAGUUUCCAGCAGUGCCACAUAAGGACCUGUCCGCACAAGGGAAGAAGAGAAACUUCUGUUUUUACCAACAACGCCGGUCAAUGCAUUUUAUUUCAAUACAGG